AUGUACUCAAAUACUCCAUAUUCUCAGAAUAAUAGAAAUGGGUCUUCACUGUCAGAAGAGGAGUUUGAUAACUUCAAUUUUAGAGAUUUAAAUGAAAGCUCCCCAUUAACAAAAUCAUCAAGAAAAAACAACCAAAACCAUUCAUCAAGUUCAUUACCUACUUUACCCCCAAAACCUUUGCAUAUGCAACCAGAAUAUCUUCAACAAGAACGAGAAAAACAACAACGACAGAAACAACAAUAUUCAAGAUCUGCUGCAAAUAAAUCUAACAACCAACAAUAUCCAUAUUCAAGUGAUCAGCAAAAUAAUCUCAAGAAAAUGCCUUCAACUCAUGUAACAGAAUAUGAAUUAACAAAUUUCGCUACCAGAGAUUUACCCCCAAUACCCCCAGAAAGCAACAGCAGAAACUAUAAUAGCCAUAAUGAUAAUAGAGGGAGUACCAUGACUUUUGCUUCAAAUCCGUUUACAGAUAUGAAUUAUAUUUCCCGUAAUUAUGAUAAUGUCGAUUUACCACCAUCCCCUCCAAGUUCAGAUCCAUUCAAAACAGAAGAAAUGCCUUCAGAUGAUGACUUCCAUUCUGACGAUCUAAAAAACAAGAUGAAGAAAAAUGAAAAGAAUAGAAUCCGUACAUUAAGAAGAAAACCACGGUUCCAUUAUACUAGAUUACCCUAUUUCACAAUAGUGAUAUCAGUUAUACAGAUUAUAGUAUUCAUUGUCGAACUUGCAAAAAUGUCCCAGCUAACAGGUUCAGCUUUCCAAACCAAACCUUAUUUCAAUCCCAUGUUGGGCCCGCUGACAUAUUUAUUAAUCUAUAUGGGAGCUAGAUAUGUUCCUUGUAUGCACCAAAUUAAAGGUAUAACAGACGAUACAUCAAUAAUGUUUCCUUGUGCAAACUCCACUACAGAAAGUACAUUUGUAUGUCCUUUGAAUGAAUUAUGUGGCUUAUCUGGUAUUCCUCAAGACGGUGACGCGUGGUUACCCAAUCAAUGGUAUAGAAUUUUCAUUCCAAUUUUCUUACAUGCUGGUUUCUUACACAUAAUUUUUAAUUUAUUAUUACAGGUUACAAUGGGUGCCUCUAUUGAAAGAAAUAUUGGUAUUUUGAAAUACGCCAUAAUCUAUAUUGUAAGUGGAAUUGGUGGAUUCUUAUUAGGAGCAAAUUUUACUCCACAAGGAAUUGCUUCUACUGGUGCGCUGGGUGCAUUGUUUGGAAUUGUUGCUACAAAUAUCAUCCUUUUCAUCUACACAGGAAGAAAAAACACCAACAUGUAUGGUACAAAACAUUAUGCUUUGUUUAUCUGCAUCAUGAUUGCUGAAAUUGUCAUCACAUUUGUUCUUGGUUUAUUACCAGGCUUGGAUAAUUUUAGUCAUUUGGGUGGAUUUGCUAUGGGUAUUUUGACAUCUAUUUUGUUAUUGAAGGAUCCAUUCUGGGUUUUCAAAGAUGGUAUUAUAACAUAUCCGAAAAACCCAAGCACAUGGCAACAAUUUAAAAACAACUGGAAUCCAUUAUUUGCUAUUGAAGAUAAAAUAAAGAAUAGAUUCAUAAUCUGGUGUCAUGUUAGAAUUGCUGCGUUGCUGCUAAUCAUUGUCUAUUACGCCUUGCUUUGUAAGAAUUUCUUCAACGCUAACUUAAAUCAAGGAAACAGAUGUAGCUGGUGUCGAUAUUUUAAUUGUAUCCCAGUCAAAGGAUGGUGUGAUAUUGGUAAUGUAAGUGUUACUACGCAAACUACUUCAAAUACCGAUUCGGCAAGUGCUACUCCUACUCCAAGCCAAACUACAGUUUCAACAAAUAUUUAUUCCACAGCCAUUUACACAACCACAUUACCUACAAGUGUUGAAAAUUCGGGAAGUUCAUCCUCCUCAUCGAAUAGUAAUUCACAAAGUGAAGGUACUAACGGUGGGUUAAAAAGAAGAUUUGCAGAAAGUUUUUCAAUCAAUGCUAAAAGAGACGUCGAUGUUUCUCUGCAAUAUGGUAUUGGUAGUGGGUUGUAUUUAGUUUUAUUCUUUUUCACUAUUUCAUUUUUGAAAAAGAAAAAGAUUAUAUAA